CCCGACGAACGCGCGCGCUCACGUGUAGCCCGCGCCGGCGUCCCGUCCGUAAUAGUUGGCCGUAACGCAGAAAUCAAAAACCGUGUGUGUCGUCGUUCUCUAUGGUCCGGUCGCCUGUGGACAACAUGUUGUUCCGUUGACGAACCGGCGGCGGAGGGCAGCCAACCACCUCAACGCGGCGGCCGCCCGUUACGGGUAGAUGACCGUGUUUUGACGGCGCCGGCGGCACCUGUUGCCUGUUGCCGUUACGCAUAAAAUCAUAUAGCACACCACCGGUCGCAAGUACCGCGCGACGACUUUUGGCCCCGCCGGCAUGUCCUCGCACAGCAGUUCCAUGCGGACGUUCCGCAGUUCCGACUCGGCAAGCGAAAUCGGUUCGACCGAGACGUCGUUCUCCGAACGGUCGCAGCCGUACUUCGCGUUGUGCUCGCCCCGGUCUAAGUCGGCCGCGUCCACGGAGGCGACGUCCGCGACGGACGACCAAUCGGUCGUUACCGGUACCGCCGUGAGACACCAGCCGUGCCGUCGGUCGUCGAGCGCCAAGACCAACAAGCCGAGGUCGGCCGUUCGCCGGGAUUUCGGCCACUUCAACUCGUUUCCGGACACGCACAAGACGACGGGUGGCUCGUCGUCCACUUCGUACUACACACCGCCGCGGAGUCCGUCACUGAGCGUGACCACGCCGACGGACGUGCCGCGCCGCAGCCCGACCACGUCGUCGUCCACAGUGUUCAAGUUCCCACCGCCGCCGUCGUCGUCGUCCGCUUCCGGUCAGCAGUCGGCCGCAAUGGUUCACCACUACGGCCGGCAGCCGCCUACCAACCCGAGCACCCCCCGGACUUUGCCCAGAAGUCCGUCCACUGGAAGUGCGACCACCGCGUCUUACAAUACCAAUAGCGACAGCGUGUGCCAUACUCACAGAUCGGCAUCCGAUUUGACUGGAUGUACGGAAGAGGAUCAUUCCAUAACAUCGGCUUCGUUAUCUCGACCUUCGUCGCCCAGGGGACGAGGUCUGGCCUACUUGGCUUCCCGCAGGAGCAGCCGGGAUUCGCAAUUUUCUAACGAAGAGCUGGCCCCGCUUAACUUCAACGCUACCGCCCGUGGACGGCAACGUCGGACUUCAAAUUUUUUGGAACUUCCAGUGCCGGAUCACGUCAGGCCUAGGGUUUGCAGUCUGCCGGAAAAACCCUACAACCCCAGGUCCGGUGACGAGCUAUACCGCCUGAGGACCUUCAGCAUAACCAACAAGGGCGGCGUUGUCAAUUGCGGCGACAGCAUCAUCAACAGGCGGUCUCGGAGCAACACCAGUGUAAAUUCUACAGCCAGCAAACACAGUCCCAGCAACAUGAGCGGAGUGUCGCCUUUCGACGGUUCUUGCUGCGGCGGCAACAGCAGCUACAACGACCUGAGCUCCGGCGAAUCCAGCGUUGUCGACGACAUACCCAAAUACAGAGUGGUGUUGCUGGGCGAAUCCGGCGUGGGCAAGACCGCUCUGGUGUCGCAGUUCAUGACAUCUGAAUACAUGAACACCUACGACGCGUCUCUCGAUGACGAAUUCGGCGAAAAAACCGUUUCAAUACUUUUGGACGGCGAAGAAUCAGAAAUGGUUUUCAUCGAUCAUCCUAGCAUCGAAAUGUCGGUGGAGAAUUCAAUAGCAACGUACGAACCUCACGCGUGCAUUGUCGUGUACUCAGUGGUGUCUAAAGGAUCUUUGAAAGUAGCCGAAGAGAUAUUGAACUAUCUGUGGCAAGAGAACUACACGCGAGAAAAAACGGUCAUUGUAGUUGGCAACAAGGCCGACUUGAUGCGAGCCCGAUGCAUUACUACCGAAGAGGGAAAGCAGUUGGCUUGCUCGAGGGAAUGCAAGUUUAUAGAGACUUCCAGCGGCAUUCAGCACAACGUAGACGAACUGUUGGUAGGUGUACUUAAGCAGAUCCGUUUGCGCGAGACCAGGGACAAGAAAAAACAGAACCAAAGGAAGAGGGCAGCCUUACACGGUUCGAAGACUUCGCUGUCGUUACACAUCGCCAAGGAAAUACUUCAGAAAAUGUGCUUGCUCGAUUCCAAGUCCAAGUCUUGCGGCAAUCUGCACGUACUGUAAACCGAUGGCUGUUGAUUUGCCUUAAUUUUUUUCGUUUUAUUUUACCCUACUCUUUUUUUUUUAAAAAUAAGUUCUACUUACCGAUAGUAAUUAAAUAAUAUGAUUUGUGGGUGUACGAAGUUUCAAACUGAACAAACUGGGUACACUGUUUAUAUUCUUUUAACUUUUUAUUGUAUUUCUAUUAUAAGUGCUGGGACUGGGUAGGACUUUACACAGUAUUGUAGCUCAUGAUCAUAAUAUUAUAAUAUAUGCGGUGCAUCUGAACUGAAUAUCACUCUAUGUGAAGUCAUGUUUAAUGAGGAGGAGCUGAGAUAGAUUUUUUAUACACUUUGCUUAAAAUCAUGAUGUUUCCUAAAGAAUACUUUGACAGACUAAUGUGUCGCUCGACAAUUAUAUUUAUUACUGAAAGAUCAUGAGAACAUUUAAAAUUCAAACUUGUUUUGGAAAAUUCGAAAUUAUGAAUGACCAAUCGAUUUGCAAAUAAGUGCUUGCAAGAAAUUCGGUGGAAUAAUUUAUUUAUUUUUAUCACUUAUUUUUUGAGAAAAUAAAAAUGGUUUUAUUAAUAUUUUUUAGCUUUACCAUAGGAUAUAACCCCACAUAUAGGAGUGACAUUGGUUUCAGAUACACCCUCUAAAAAUAUUAGUUUGAUCGAUUAUAUUAAAACGACCAAAAUAAUAAUCGUCCAGCCCUUGUAUUUAUUGAUCGUUUGAGUCUUAGGCGAUCCAGUGCUUUCAAAGCUUUUUCCAAUAACUGAGACAUUGGAGGACAGUGUCGCUUUUCCAUAAACAUUUGACUGGGACGAAUUCAGUUUGUGUACUUACCCUUUUCUUUUCUUAAACAAUCUUUUUUUAAUUUAAUUUGAGAGCCGCUACCUCUUCGACGCCGUCCCCAUUACCAUUACUCGACUGUUAUAUUGUACUUCUUUCCUGUGAUAAACGUAUACAUUUCAAUCUUAGUUUCUAUCGCUCGUUAAUCAUAUAUCAAAUAAUAAAUAAAUAUAUAUGUAUAUAUAUAUAUAUAUAUAAAUACAUAUAUGGGUGAACACGCCAAAUGCGAACUGGAAAAAACAACCACAAUAAUCAAAACAGUUGAAAUAAUUAUGUGUAAAAAUAAGAUAAUUUCCCGGUUUUUUCGACCUUUCUAUGAAUCGUCAUUUUUUUUUUUUCAAAGCGUUUAUGGAGAAGUUAUUUUGAAAUUUACACAUUUUAUUUAAAGUUUUUUCAGCUUUCUGAAAAAAAUUAUCAAAUUUUGGGCAACACAAAAAGAAACUACUUUUU